AUGGCUGAUAUCAAUGUUGAGGAGAUCCUCAAGAAGCUGUCUCUAGCUGAGAAGGUCUCUCUUCUUGCAGGCAUUGACUUUUGGCACACAAAAGCUCUACCUGAGCAUGGCGUCCCAUCCCUCCGUCUUUCAGAUGGCCCUAACGGUGUAAGAGGUACUCGUUUCUUCAACGGUAUCCCAGCAGCAUGCUUCCCUUGUGGAACCGGUCUUGGUGCCACAUUCAACCAAGAACUCCUCGAGGAAGCAGGAAGGAAGAUGGGCGAAGAAGCCAUCGGCAAAAGCGCCCAUGUGAUUCUCGGCCCUACAAUCAACAUGCAACGAUCACCCCUCGGGGGACGUGGUUUCGAGUCUAUCGGCGAGGACCCCUUUCUUGCUGGCCUUGGUGCUGCUGCUCUUGUCCGCGGAAUUCAGAGCACAGGUGUGCAAUCAACUAUCAAGCACUUCGUAUGCAAUGACCAAGAACAUAAGCGCAUGGGUGUUCAGGUCAUUAUCACAGAGCGUGCCCUCCGCGAGAUUUACGCUCUCCCAUUCCAGCUUGUCGUGCGCGACUCACAGCCAGGUGCUUUCAUGACAUCUUACAACGGCGUCAAUGGAACGUCCUGCAGUGAGAGUCAGAAGCUUCUAAAGGAUGUGCUGCGAGAUGAAUGGGGAUGGGAAGGCCUGAUUAUGAGUGACUGGUACGGCACCUACAGCGUUACCGAUGCUAUCAAAGCUGGUCUUGAUCUUGAGAUGCCCGGUCCUACUCGCUGGCGGGGUGAUGUCCUUAACUUUGCUGCUGCAUGUGAUAAGGUCUGGGGCCAUGUGAUUGAUGAGCGCGCCCGAGAGGUCCUCAAGUUCGUCAAGAAGUGUGCAGCUUCUGGCGUCCCAGAGAACGGCCCCGAAAAGGUACUCAACACUCCCGAGACUGCAGCUCUCCUCCGCAAGAUCGGAAACGAGAGUAUCGUCCUCCUCAAGAACGAGAAGAGUCUGCUCCCUCUAGCUAAGGACAAGAAGACGUUGGUGAUUGGACCCAACGCAAAGGUCGCGACUUACCAUGGUGGUGGCUCGGCCUCACUCGCUGCAUACUAUGCCGUUACGCCAUACGAUGGCAUCGCUGAGAAGCUUGGAAACCCUCCCGCUUACACCAUCGGCGCAUAUACGCACAAGUUGAGCCCCCUUUUGGGCAGUCAGACCACGGGUCCCGACGGCAAGACUGGCAUGAGCUGGAAAGUGUACAACAAGCCACCCACCGACUCGUCCCGCAAGCCUGUCGACGAGCUCUGGCUGGCCAAGUCUGAGAUGCAUCUUGUUGACUACUACAACUCCGAGCUGGAGGAUCUUUGGUACGCCAACCUCGAGGGUGUUCUUGAGGUUGAAGAAGAUUCUACUUAUGAGUUUGGCGUGAUUGUUUGCGGUACUGCCAACCUUUAUGUUAAUGAUGAGCUCGUCGUCGAUAACAGCACCAAGCAGGUCGCUGGCGAUGCCUUCUUCGGCACAGCAACGCAUGAGGAACUUGGCCGCAAGGAUCUUAAGAAGGGAGAGAAGUACAACAUCAAAAUCGAGUUUGCUUCCGCUCCAAGCUUCACACUUAAACUAGACAACCCUAUCGUGGGCCACGGAUCCCUCCGUGUGGGUGCUUCCAAGGUCAUCGAUGCCAAACAAGAGAUCGAACGGUCUGUCGCCCUCGCCAAGGAGCACGACCAGGUAAUCAUCUGCGCUGGUCUCAACUCUGAUUGGGAGACCGAGGGUUCCGACCGAGAGAGCAUGAAGCUGCCCGGUGCACUCGACGAUCUGAUCUCAGCUGUUGCUGCGGCAAACCCCCAGACGGCCGUUGUAAUGCAGACUGGUACACCCGAGGAGAUGCCCUGGCUUGAUGAGGUGCCUGCUGUAAUCCAAGCUUGGUACGGUGGUAAUGAGACGGGUAACUGUAUCGCAGACAUCCUCUUUGGCGAUGCUAACCCAUCUGGAAAACUGUCCCUCAGCUUCCCUAAGCGCUUGACAGAUGUUCCAGCAUUCCUCAACUUCCGCACCGAAGCCGGCCGAACUCUGUACGGCGAGGACGUCUACAUGGGAUACCGAUACUACGAGUUUGCUAACCGGGAUGUGAACUUCCCAUUUGGCCAUGGUCUAUCUUACACCACCUUCACCUUCUCAGACCUCAAGGUCUCGUCGAAGGACGGCAAGCUCACCACAAAUGUCACCAUCCACAAUACAGGCUCUGUUCGCGGCGCAGAGGUUGCCCAGCUUUACGUGCGUCCACUGCAAAAUGCCAAGGUCAACCGUCCAGUGAAGGAACUCAAGGGAUUUGCCAAGGUUGAGCUUGAUGCUGGCGAGUCCAAGACCGUCACUAUCUCCGAGCUUGAAAAUUAUGCUGCCUCUUACUUUGACGAAGAGCAGGAUAAGUGGUGUGUAGAGGCUGGAGAGUACGAAGUUAUUGUAAGCGAUAGUAGUGCCGUUGGCGAUAAGGCACUCAGGGCCUCUUUCAAGAUUGAGGAAACUUAUUGGUGGUCUGGUAUUUAA